UUUUUCCCCGCGCUCCCUUGCAACGAUGAUGAGGAAGAACUACCGGAACACGUCGAGCACCGUCCGCAGUUUUAGCAGCCGCUCCUCCGGGCCGGUCGCUAGCUCGCGAAUCAGCACCUCUUACUCUUCCGCCGGCUCCGGUUUCGGGGGCAGCCGGUAUGGCGGUGGGGCCAGCUUCCGCGGAACCUCCGCGGGGAGCCUGGGUGGCAUUACGGCGGUCAGCGUCAACAAGAGCCUGCUGGCCCCGCUCAACUUGGAAAUUGACCCCGCCAUCCAGCAAGUGAGAAUCAAGGAGAAGGAAGAGAUUAAGACCCUCAACAACAAGUUUGCCAACUUGAUUGAUAAGGUUCGCUUCCUAGAACAGCAGAACAAGAUGUUGGAAACCAAAUGGAGCCUCCUGCAGAAUCAGAAGACUACACGGAGCAACAUGGACAGUAUGUUUGAGGCCUACAUCAACAACUUACGUCGGCAGCUGGAAAACUUGGGUCAGGAGAGGGCAAGGCUGGAUGCUGAGUUGGGAAACAUGCAAGGCCUGGUGGAAGAAUUCAAGAACAAGUAUGAAGAUGAAAUCAACCAUCGAACUGAGAAGGAGAAUGAGUUUGUCCUUCUGAAGAAGGAUGUGGAUGAGGCUUACAUGAACAAGGUUGAGCUGGAAUCCCGCAUGGAAUGUCUGACUGACGAGAUCAACUUCCUGAGGCAGUUUUAUGAUGAGGAGCUGCGUGUCCUACAGUCUCAAAUCAGCGACACCUCUGUGAUCCUGUCCAUGGACAACAACCGCAGCCUGGACCUGGAUGGCAUCAUUACUGAUGUCAAAGCCCAGUAUGAAGAAAUUGCUAACAGGAGCCGGGCUGAGGCAGAGAGGAUGUACCAGAUCAAGUAUGAAGAGCUCCAGACUGUGGCAGGCAAGCAUGGAGAUGACCUCCGCAGCACCAAGAAUGAAAUCAAUGAACUGAGCAGAAUGAUAAACCGCAUACAAUCAGAAAUCGAUGGUUUGAAAGGCCAGCGUGCAAGCUUGGAAGCGGCAAUCACUGAAGCAGAGGAGCGUGGGGAGCUGGCCGUGAAGGAUGCCAACAACAAGCUGGCUGAACUAGAGAGUGCUAUGCAGCGAGCCAAACAAGACAUGGCACGUCAGCUGCGGGAAUACCAGGAGCUGCUGAACACCAAGCUGGCCCUGGAUAUAGAGAUUGCCACCUACAGGAAGCUGCUGGAAGGAGAAGAGAUCAGACUGGAGUCUGGAAUGCAGAAUCUCAGCAUUCAGACUAAGACAACUGGUUAUUCAGGUGGACUAAGCAGUGGCUUCAGUGGUUAUGGGGGUGGUUACAACUCUUCCUACUCAAGUGGUGGAUAUUCCAUGAAUAUGUUGCCCAUGGAGAGCUCGGCCAUCAGCAAGACCAAGGCCAUUGUCAUCAAGAAGAUUGAGACUCGGGAUGGAAAGCUGGUGUCUGAGUCCUCAGAUGUGCUGUCAAAGUAGCUCGAUGGGGCCUUGAGCCUGGAACCAGCGAUGGUUUUAAAGUGCCUGAAUCCAAUGAGCCUUUCCUAAUUUAGCUAAGAUGAUGAGCCACAGGUUAGAAGAGAGGGAAGAAAUGCCUUUGUUCUCUCAGUGAACUUUUUUUUUCUAGAAGGAAGAAUUUAUGUUUGUCAGAUACUCAUGGACUACAGCUCCCAUCAGCCCUUUUCUGGCUAUGCUGGAUGAGGCUGUUGGAACUUGGGAGUCCAGCUGCAACUGCGAAGUCCACAGCUGCUUUAGAACAUCACAAAAUGUCGCUACUGAACUUGCAUGAGAUGUGAUCAGGGAGAAAAAAGCAAGGGGCACAACUUGAGGUCAAGGGAAAUCUGCUUGCCCAAGGGAUCUCAUGGUUUUGACAGUAUCCCAUCAGUGGGGGCAGCUGUUGAAAAAAGGCAGAAAAGUCGCUUUCCCAAGCUAGGGUCAACGAGAAGUCUUAACUCUUUUAGACCACUAUAUGUAGAGAUGACCUACUCCAGAAUUGCUGUUUGUAGUUUUCAUAUUGUUUAAAAGCUGCCUUGUUGUAUUAUUCACCCCUCUUGCUAUUGCACAUCAUUAGGUCAAAUUUUCAAUCAAAACCCAGGCUUGGAAACAUUUUAUUUUGAAGGACGGGAAUUUGGGAAAAUUUCAUCCGAGUCUCAUUACAGGAGACAGCAACUCCUAUCAAUGAAUCAUUACUAGCAAUCUAAAGAUGAUGGGAGUUGCAGUCCACCCUGUCUGGGAUGAUAGAAAGAGAUAAAGUAGAAGCUGAGUUGGGCAGAAGCACAAAGGAAGGUAGUCUGUAGAGAUUUUAAGAACUUCACAUGGUUUUCAUUUUAUUUGAAAUAAAGGUUUUCUUCCAAUCUUUGAUAGUA